UUCACGGUACAUCAGUUAGUCCUAUAUAUACUGUAGAUGGAGAAUCAAAAGUUUAGUGCAUAUAGUAAUAAACCCAACAUACUAAGCUAGAAAUAGUAAUGGCUUCUUCAGAAUUAUUACUCAUCAUCGUGUUCUUCUACUUGCUGAAGCUUAUUGUAACCACUGGUCCUCUGUUCUUCUGCGAAGCCGUGGCAAUAACUAUGGCGCCGCCGCCACCUGAAAACGGAACAGUUGGUAGAGGAAGAACUUCUUCAGCUGUCUUCGUAUUCGGGGACUCGAUUCUUGAUACGGGCAACAACGAUCAUAUCGCAACUUUGAUCAAGUCCAACUUCCCUCCCUAUGGAAGGGAUUUUCCGGGAAGAAUCCCCACCGGUAGAUUCUCCGAUGGAAGGCUCAUUUCGGACUUCAUAGUUGAAAGUUUGAAAAUCAAGUAUCUUUUACCGCCUUAUCUCGAUCCGAAUCUUCGAGCUGAGGAUCUCAUAACGGGAGUGUGUUUUGCUUCUGCUGGCUCUGGUUAUGACCCCAAAACACCAAAGAUAUUAUCGGUCAUAUCAAUUCCAGACCAACUCAAUUUCUUCCAACAGUACGUGGGGAAGAUGAGAAGCCUAUUGGGGGAGCAGAGAUCAAACGACGUCGUUGAAAACAGCCUCUAUGUAAUAUCAUGUGGCAACAACGACGUCUUAUUGACUACUUUGUUUCAUACCAGAACAAAGUCGUCGGAAAUGGUUUCAUACGCUGCUUUUCUCGCCGGCCAAGCUUCCGCCUUUCUCCGGGAACUGUACAGACAGGGAGCUCGAAAGAUAGUUCACCUGAGUGCAUUAACGACGGGAUGUAUCCCCGCCUUCAGAACUUUGCUCGGCGGAGUACAGAGGCAAUGUUCCGACGAGUCCAACGAGCUGGCCGUGAUGUUCAACGAGAAGCUCAGCGACGAAAUUCAGCGACUAAACGAUGACGUUUUGCUUCCUGAUUUGACCGUCCAGUUUGUUGACAUGUACACGCCUUUUUUCGAUAUCAUUAGGCGUCCUGAAAACUAUGGUAAUAAAGUUAGUUAAGUCAAUUUCUGCUUAAUCACGUUCGUUAGGAUGCAUGGUUUAAGAAAGUUUAUAACAUUGCAGGGUUUGUUGUGACGAAGGAGGGGUGCUUGUGGGACAGGAACUAUAGAGUUUGGAUUUCUUUGCAAUCGAUUGAGCCCUUCUACUUGUGCCGACAAUUCAAAGUACAUUUUCUGGGAUAGUCUUCAUCCCACAGAAAAAGUCUAUAAAAUCUUGACUUCUGUAAUAAUGAAAGACAUAAAUAAGCUAUUAUAGUGAAAUCUUAUGUCACAUGCUUAGUAGACUAUGUUGGAAUACUACUUUGAGUUAAACUACCUAGACACAACAUAAAAAACAAGAGCCAAAUCCCAUGAGCUUUAUCCCUUCCUUAUAAAUUAUUUUGAGUUACGCAU